UUUACAGAUAGUCUCUGGUAUAAUUAGUCGCCUACUGCCCUCCACCAAGAAGCCCUGCCAACCACAAAACCAAGGGUUACAUUGACGUAACGUCGGCUGAGAGGGGAAGCAGCUACUGUCUACUACGCUGUUAUACAGACAGAUGCUCCCAGCCACCCACCUCGAGAGCAGCGAUGGGAAGUGUCCACUAGCCGAGGCCAUCCUGGACCAUGUCAUCGGGGUGACGGAGACGGCUUCAGUAUUCACGUCGGAGAGGGAGCAAGGUGCGCCCCGCAGACACAGCGGCGAGGAGGUGCAGAGCCAGGGGCAGGAGGAGGAGGAGGAGGAGGAGGAGGAGGAAGAGGAGGAAGAGGAAGAGUGGCAAGACGAGAGAAGAAGGAUGGGCGUGGGGAAGAAUACAACCUCCAAAUCUAUAGAAGGAGGAGGAGAUGGGAACGGGAACAAAUAUGAGGAGGAAACCAAACGCGGAGCGGACUUCUACCCUAUUCCGGUGGUGGUGAAUGGGGUGAGCCAGACCAAUGGAGAACAAGACACGGAGGACACAGAGCUGAUGGCCGUCUACGCUAAAGAGAAUCAAGGAGGAGAGAAGUGUUCCAUGUCUGAGACGUUGGACAGUACAGACAGCGUGGACGCCAGACGGAAUGACAUGAUCUACACCAUCGAAGACUGCCCGCCGUGGUACCUGUGUGUCUUCCUCGGCCUACAGCACUAUCUGACUUGCUUUAGCGGCACCAUCGCCGUCCCCUUCCUCCUGGCUGACGCCAUGUGUGUGGGCUACGACCAGUGGGCCACCAGCCAGCUGAUAGGGACCAUCUUCUUCUGUGUGGGGAUAACCACCCUGAUCCAGACCACCGUCGGAUGCAGGUUGCCUCUUUUCCAGGCCAGUGCGUUUGCCUUCCUCGCCCCAGCCAGGGCAAUUCUAUCACUCGAUAAAUGGAAGUGCAACAAUACAAUGGUCCCUGACUUCAACAGCACGGAGCUCCUCAACACAGAACACAUCUGGCACCCCAGGAUACGAGAGAUCCAGGGCGCCAUCAUCGUGUCGUCCCUGAUCGAGGUGUGCAUCGGCGCCCUGGGCCUGCCCGGGGUGCUGCUGAAGUACAUCGGCCCCCUGACCAUCACGCCCACCGUCGCCCUCAUCGGCCUGUCUGGCUUCCAGGCUGCCGGGGAGAGGGCGGGGAAACACUGGGGCAUCGCUAUGCUGACCAUCUUCCUGGUGCUGCUCUUCUCCCAGUACGCCAGGAAUGUCCAGUUUCCACUGCCGAUCUACAAGUUCAAGAAGGGUUGGACGGUGUACAGGCUGCAGGUCUUUAAGAUGUUCCCAAUCAUCAUGGCCAUCCUCGUGUCAUGGCUGACGUGCUUCAUCUUCACGGCGACCGACGUCUUCCCGCCCGAGAAGGAGAAGUACGGCUACUACGCCCGCACAGACGCGCGCAUGGGAAUCCUGAGUGCUGCCCCCUGGUUCAAAAUUCCCUACCCCUUUCAAUGGGGCGUUCCCACGGUAACCACGGCGGGCGUCAUCGGCAUGCUGAGCGCGGUGGUGGCGAGCAUCAUCGAGUCCAUCGGGGACUACUACGCCUGCGCGCGGCUGGCCUGUGCGCCGCCACCCCCUAUCCACGCCAUCAACAGGGGUAUUUUCAUGGAGGGGGUGUCCUGUGUGCUCGACGGUCUGUUUGGAACCGGGAACGGCUCCACCUCGUCCAGUCCCAACAUCGGGGUUCUGGGGAUCACCAAGGUUGGCAGCAGACGAGUGAUCCAGUAUGGCGCCGCUAUGAUGCUGCUGCUGGGGCUUGUGGGUAAAUUCAGUGCGCUCUUCGCCUCGCUGCCCGACCCGGUCCUGGGGGCGCUGUUCUGCACCUUGUUCGGGAUGAUCACCGCCGUGGGCCUGUCCAACCUGCAGUUCGUGGACCUCAACUCCUCCCGGAACCUCUUUGUGCUGGGCUUCUCCAUCUUCUUCGGCCUGGUGCUGCCCAGCUACCUGAAGCAGAACCCGCUGGUUACCGGCAUCGUCGAGGUUGACCAGGUGUUGAAUGUGCUUCUGACCACCGCUAUGUUUGUCGGUGGCUCGGUGGCGUUUCUUCUCGACAACACUAUACCAGGCACGCCGGAAGAGCGAGGCAUCAGGAAGCUGAAGAGGGGCACGGGCCCCAGCACCUCCGAGCUGGAGGGGAUGCGAUCCUAUGACCUGCCGUUCGGGAUGGACUUCAUCCGCAGGCACGACAUCUUCACCUACCUCCCCAUCAGCCCCACCUUCACGGGCCACAAGUGGGGGGGGCUCCGGAGCGCCUGCCGGAGCCGGAAGGCCCACGGGGACAGCGGGAAGGGGGCCGGGAGGGAGGCCGGCAAGGCGGUGGCGGGGGGCACGGCUGCAGGGGACAGCCGGGUAUAGCAACGGGACUCUGGGGGAGAGGAGGGGAUCCGACGGAAGGGACGGAUGGACUCGAGAGCGGAGGAGCGAGGAUAAAGCAGUGCGCAACCCCCCUGUUUGUGUUUUCCCUUUUGUGUGUUUCGUGAGGUGACGCUCCCUCUGUCUUCCUUUCGUCUGUCCAUGCCGGUGAGGAAUUACUUGAGCGCGUCGCCAGAGGCCAUGGGCUCACGGAGAAGCCGGACUGUGGCGAGACAUGAUUGCAUGCAGAAGUAGGCCACGGGGGGGGGGGGGGGGGGGGGGGGGGUCGUCGUCGUGCAUCCAGUUAGCUGUACUUUCUUUAAUGUAGAAAAUCAAUGCUUCAAAGCAACAUCAUCUCCCUCACACAAUUCACGCGUACAGCGUGCCACAACCUUUCUGAGAAUAAUUUGUUUACCUAAAAAGGAAAGUGUGUGUGUAUAUAUCCAUAUAUAUAUAUAUAUAUAUAUAUAUGCACCCUGUGUGUACCCUGUGUGUGUUAAUGUUGGUGGUCUAGUCUAGGCUGGAACUGAAAUGCUCAUCAUUCAGUUGCUGUAUGUGUCCUGGCAGCCCAGGGGACUGUGGCGUUCUUUGCUGUCUAGAAUCCAAGGGGAACUGCAGAGUUGGAGGAUGGUGGGAGGUGAUGAUGGAAUAGGUUGUCUGUUAAAACCUAGUCCCAACAAGACAACCUUACAAGAGCAAGGUUGUCUUCAUUCAGUAAAACAAACAUUCAAAGCAUUCAAAUGGGUGUACAUUUGCCAAAAUACCAGCUACGUGACUAAAGUUAGUAUUCAAGUCAGUAUUAUCUUAUGCAUUAUUUAAUCACUUAAACCCCCUAUUGUCAAACAUCCCUCCCCCAAAAUGGUUGUGAAGAGACGAUUAGAGCUUAUAUAUUCAGCCUCGGCAUGGCGCAUAUAGUGCACCUUGAGUUGUGACUUAAAAUGCAUCGGCUUUGCAAAUAGUAUUAGAUUAGAAUUAUUUCAUUCACUGAGGACCUUAAUUUUAGUGUUAACUUUGGCUAAUGUCUGUUUUCUUAUUUCUAUAGACACUGGUGAGGGAAGUUUAGGAUUAUGCAACGACAGUGUGGUCAGGACUGCCCCAAACAGGGCCACUAGCGGAUGGUUUUGUGAAACGAGAAUGCAAGUUCUAGACUGGCGCAAAACGAGACUAUGAAAAAUUUGCUCCCAGAUGCAUGAGUUUACCUUGUUCGAACAGCACUUAGAGUAGAUAUUUUUACCCUUUUACCAUCAGACUGACCCCAAUGGAGUUAGAAUUACAUUUAAUACUCAUUCCAUGACCUCCGUUUCCUGCUGUUGUGUAGAACAUCACCAGUGCACAUGACCCAUUUGUUUAAUGGCGUUGAGGAUUCGCUGGCAGCGCACCAGCUAUUGCUUUCUGCCCGCCCACACAACGUCUACGUGUCACUUUAGAUGUAGACGUCAUUUGGAUGUCAUCCAACUCUUCAAUCGUAAUGGCUAUCAUAUCUGUAAAUUGUACAGGGAAUUGUAGUAGAUUGGAAUUAUGAUUGAUUUUCCUGAGACUAAUCUGUAUUCUUUUCCCUUCGGACCACUACUUUGGAUUAUUACAGUGAGGCAUUGGUUGCUCCCCUCUUUUUUCUUUCUCUUUUUUUUUUUUUAAGUACUUCAUGCCCCAUUGUUCCGUUUUCCAAUUCUCUGCCGCUAAGGUGCUCAGGUCUUUCCUUCCAUCGUCAUUCAAUCUAGCUUUGUUUGUUUUUUCAACACACUGUAACACCGCAACAGCUAUUGGUAGUUGACUUUUCCUGAUCGGUUGCUAUUCUGGGCUUUUGUCCUUUUCUGUGUCCGUGCUGGCAAAAUCAAGUGAGAGAUAACUAUAUAUCACUACUACUAAUCGUAGGUCUUUGAACUGGAAGCCGUAUGACAUUACCUGGUGGAUUGACACGGAUGUGAUGUUAUUUAGAGACUUGCCUUCAAUCAAGGCUUGAGUGUAACGCUACUAUGUGGCAACUGCCAUAGUCCCAGCAGUGGCUAUAAAGAAAAUGGGACAUUUUUUCAAAAAAGAAAUAAUGAAAAGCUCAAACUGUAUUGUGGAACAGCAGUCCAAGUGAGAUGUUUGUCGAACCAAAAUACUAUAGAAAUGUUCCAAACUGUCAUACCAAAACAGUUUUUCAGUAAUUUACAAAAAGGAAACCCUUCUGUCUCAUACUAAUUUAUUUAUUUAUAAGGCAAUGUAUAAUGAAGAUUUUAGAGCACAUUUGAGUGCCUCUUGCACAAUGUAUAAAAAAAUAAUAUUUUUAAGAAUAGUUUACUGUUUUUUGCCCUGUAGAAAUCUGUAAUCGGCGCUUCUGCCUACAGGGGACGCCACAUUGUCCCAUGUUUAGAUAGUUAUAUUUGACUUGAGGGGCUUACAGUUGCUCUUAUUUCAUAGAAGCACAGAGCUGGUUAAAGGUUAGAAUCACAAAAUAAGCUGCUUGGUGAGGCAGUGAUGUGAUAUAAGGCAAACACUUUUGGAAUUUUGGAGCUUGAACACUCUAACAUAACAAGUACUGUUUCUACAUCCGUAUCUGAUUUUUUUCUCUUUGGUUCUGAGAGCAUGUCGACUACUGUCACACCAGAUUUUUGUUCCUCUGAACUGCUGCUGCAGCGGUGGUCACACAAUGUUUUGUUAUCAAGUCUACUUGGACCUGAAGACAGCUAGCUUGCCAGCUAGUUGUUAAAAUACAGUACGCUACCUCUGCCUAUUCAGAAAGCCACCUGUUUUAAGUGUUUGCAUUAACCAUUUCACUCUUCCUGGAUUUGGUUAUCGAGUGGUGGCGUCUUUUUCAAGAUGCAAACAUCAAAAUCAUACAUGCGUAAUAUUAUUUCACUUUUCUUCUACCCGCCCAUCCCAUGUUUCAACACGCUUUCUAUUCCUCUCUGACGUCCUGCUCUCUCCCCCCCUGAUACUCGCCUGCCAGUACAGUGCAGAUGUUCACAUUGAGGUUCCUGCCUGCAUACAGGAAAUGACACCUAUCGGCCACCUUUAUUAAGAAAGGUAUAGUCGCUCAAUGCAAGUUUUCCUUAAUUCGAUUUUUUAACUCUAUGGCCUGUUACCUUAAAAGGUUAAAUUCGGUGCCUAAUAGCACUUAAACCUGGCUUUUAACUUACAAAAGCCUAGGUUUUGGAAGAACCCUUUGUCAUAUUUUCAGCGUUAAGGAGCUUGCUAUCAAAAGACGACUCUUGAAAAGGUGGCCAUAAGUGGUGUGACAAAAUAUCCCUUUCAGUUAUUUUGAAGGGGCACUACCUAAAGAAUAUAAUUAAGUCUCAAGUGUUUUAUCUUUUUAACGUUUUUUUCUUUGUUUUGUAUGCAUAAUUUUUUACGUUUUCUACAGAUGUGUUUGUAAGAAAUCAUAUACUAUUAAAUCAUGCUGGAAAGCGCAUUGUUUUGUUACAUUUUUAUUUCAGAGUUUAACCCUAUUUGUUCUUACUUUUAUCUGUGGUCUGAUGAAAUAAUUUUGUUUGUUAGGACUUUUCCAUAUUGUAUUUUUCUAACAUUACUUUAUCUUCAUGUUAACACAGAAUGAAAAAAAGGCUGUUAGCAUUUAAAUGGAUGUUCAAAAUGUAUAUUGAACUGCGUGCUAAUUAUGUGCAGAAAAAUUCUGGACCAGAUAUUGAGUUGCAAGAAAAUGUUAUAUUUGUUCCUAAAACUAUUUAAUACGAUGAUACAAAUCCAUACAGACUUUUGUCUUAAUUGUCUGUAUUAAUUGCAAUACAUACGUUGUUCCAUUCACA